AUGCUAUCACAUUCAAUCUUGGUAAGAUCAUUCAUUCAAUCAUUCAAUCAUUCAUACUUACUCGUUCGGACAGAUAGAUUCAAGGAUACAUUAUACAUGCCCAAUCCUAAUCUAAAGUAUAUGAGCUUCUAUUACAAUCAGGAGGGUAGUGUACAUCCAUUCUCAGAGUCACAUCCACAAUGUGAGGGCAUAAGGGAGGUGCUGGAAGUGUUGGCACUCGAGAGAUCAGUUAAACUGAGAUUGACUAUUGAUCUCACAAUGACACCGAUCUUCCCUCUACAUCAUCUACCAAUCACAUCAUUGGAGUUGGAGAUGGUGGCCAGCCUACACCUCCGACCAGAUCAGUAUCCAUCCACUCUCACUGAUAUGAGUCUGUCCAACAACCAGCCAUUCUCAGGUACACUCAACGACAUGCUACCAAACAGCUUGAAGACUUUGGAUCUCAAUAAUUUCCACUCAUGGAACCAACAGAUCAAACCAGGUUCGUUGCCCAACAAGUUGGAGAGCAUCGAGUUCAAUAAGCGAUUCAAUCAAGUGAUUCAGUUGCGCACAUUCCCUGACACACUCACUCGUCUCAGACUUGGAGAUUCAUUCGACCAGCCACUCAAUGGCGUGUUGCCACCUUCACUCACUUGUCUGACGUUCGGUCGUUUAACUUAUGAACAUGAUCUGUUCGAUCUCCCUGCUAGCCUCACAACCAUAUACCUACCAGGAUUCUUCAAAAGAAGAUUGGAACAUGCUCCAUUGCAGAGGCUGCAUAUAUAUGAUGACAAAAUGCCAAGAGGAGGACAUUCAUUCCCCAACCUUAGGAAGCUAUGGAUGAAGGCAUGGGUGUCCAACAUGGACUGGGCACUCUUCCCCGCGAUCAUUCGGCUGACCAUCGAUGGAAGCAAAAGCCCAGACAUCGACAUAUCCACAUUGCCAUGGACAAAACUCAAGAACUGCAAGUUGUUCUGCGAGUAUGGUUACGUAAAGUGGCCACUUCAAUUCGCCAGUCCAAUCCCAUUCGGUGUGGAGAAGUUGGCGUUGGGCAACCUCAACUUCCCCAAGAUAGCACUCGGUGUCCUUCCUCCAUCAAUCACUCGUCUGGCACUCUGGAACCCGGUCAGCAUCAGACAUGGCCACAUCCCGUCAUCGGUCACAUCGUUGCAGAUACACAACUGUGACCUGGAGUUUGAUCCACGGGUUGUACCGCCAUCCGUCCGCGAUCUGACAUUGACAGAUGUCCACGUCUCUGACAAUCUACCAAUAAUCAAACGAGUUCCAAUCACAGUGAUGUCGUUGACAAUAACAUCAAACUGGUCGUCGUUCAUACUUAGGCGAAUAUCCGAUCAAUACUUCUUCAGAAGUCCAUCACUCAAUGUUAAUGGAUAU